AUGGGGUCCUUCGGGUCCCCUGCGCCCUCUGUGCCCCUUUCUUCUGUGCUGCAAGAGACAGCGUGGACGCCCCCCCUGCAGCCUGCUGGCACAGCAGGGGGAGCAGCAGCACCCCCACGCCCAACCGUGGGGCCUGCCGGUGCGGCGGGGGGAAAUCAGCUUUCAGCCCCCCCGCGUCCAACCGCGGGGCCCACGCAUGCGCGAACCUCGCCGGGACACCCAUCGCUGCUUCCCUCAUCGGGGGUGUCCUCUCCAGUCUCUGCACCACCCCUGCACCGCCCUGUGAUGGCAACGACACCACCCACCACAGCAGAGGCAGGGGGGGACUCCUCCCUCCGUGCCCAGCCCGGCGCGGGGGAGCACACAAAUCCACAAACAAAGCUGCUGCCCGUGCUGGCCAUUGCAACCUUGUUGCCACGGCAACCACCGCUGGAAACAGCAGCAGCCAAGCAAGAACCCGACGAACAACAACAGCAGCCUGAUCCUGACAAAACUACCAUCUCUACUCUACAAACAACUUCCCUGGUUACUAUACUGAUUGCAGAGAGUCAAGAAACUUUUAACCAUAACCAUGAGAACUCUACAAGCCCCUCAAUCAUAUUUGAGGGGAAAAUCCGAUGGUCAACAAAAAAAAAAGAAAAAGAAAAAAGGGGGGAUCAAAGCAUUGUGAAUUAA